UAUGAUUGGUUGUUCUCAUAAGUUAGAUGGUUAAGGUUUCUCUCUCUAAGAGGUCAAUGCCUCGUAUAUAUGUUGUAUGUUAAACUGUUUAUGGGCUCUCUUCUCUCUCUCUCUCUCUCUCUCUCUCUCUCUCUCUCAUAGGUCUAGUUUAUUUUCUUACAAAAAAACUCUCCAAGCUCAAUACAGGUCUUGCCAAAUGUUAUAAAAUGAGUUGGUAAAUGGCGUUUCAAGAAGCCAACUAACUUCUUGGCUUGCCAGUUAUUGCCAUUCUGGUUUGAAGAAGAAGAAGAAGAAGAAUUUUAACUGUGUAUACUGGAACCAAUUCGGAGAACAGAAACAUUUGAAGCACAUUUCAGCCGUCCUACCUUAAAAAUAUCACCUCCCAACAUGUUUAUAAUCUCCUCUUGCUACCCCUCUAGUAGGGGAUUAUUGAGUAUUCCAGGCAUAUGACAAUUGCAGUUCAAAGCUUUCCAUUUGUUGGGUGGGGCAUAUCAUUCUCCAUGAAACCAUAAUUAGAACAGCAUAUUAUCGUUGGGGAUGGAUAUUAAGGAAGCAGAGAGAGUAGUUAUUGCGAAACCAGUCGCAUCAAGGCCUACUUGUUCCAGUUUUAGAUCUUUCUCAGAACUUCUUGCAGGCGCCAUUGAUGCCUCACCUUCCAAUGUAUGUUCAACUGCAGUUGCUGCUAUUCGACCAAAGACUGUGAGGUUCAAGCCAGCGGUGAUUCGUGCUCCAGCUGGGCUGGUUUCUUCCCAGGCUGGGAUCUCUGGAGCAGCAGUUCGUAAUUCAUCUGAUAAUGUUUCAAAAUUUGACAGCAAAUCCACUGUGGUAUACAAACCACUGGCAAAACUUGUAUCAAAGACGACCGUUUCUCUCUUGGCAAAUAUGGGAAAUUUCAGUACUGGUCAUCAACAACAACAACAACAUCAACAUCAACAAUCAGUUGAGGCCUCUGUCCAACAUCCAAACCAAGAAAAACGUAAUUUCAGUUCCCAAAUUAGCUCAAAUCUUCCCCAGAACAUUCCAUCACACGUUGAAAGUAAUCAGACAGGUGGGCACGCCAAGAUAGCAUCCCAGAACUUGGAGGAGGAUCCAAAAGCUGUGCCGACCACAGCUAAUAGUGAUAGGCCUUCUUAUGAUGGAUAUAAUUGGAGGAAAUAUGGCCAAAAGCAAGUCAAAGGAAGUGAGUACCCAAGAAGUUAUUAUAAGUGCACACACCCAAAUUGUCCCGUGAAAAAGAAGGUUGAAAGAUCGUUGGAUGGUCAGAUAGCAGAGAUUGUCUACAAAGGUGAGCACAGUCAUUCAAAGCCCCAGCCUCCUAAGCGCAAUUCAUCAGGGACACAAGGGCUAGGAUUUGUAUCUGACGGACCUGGUCAAGAUGCCAACAAUAAAUUGUGGGCUAAUCACCACAAUGAAGGUAAUGAGGGUUCUGAAGGCAGAGUAGAAAGUCAGAAUGAGGUAGGAGUACCUGCACGUUCGACUUAUCAUGGUAACAUUCCAGUUCCUUGUGAUCCUGUUGCCACUGGAGCAGUUAAUGUUGGCGGUGUCACUUCUGAUAAUUCCUGUGGUCUUAGUGGAGAAUGUGAAGAAGCGAGUAAAGCAAUGGAGCCAGAGGACGAUGAACCCAGAAGUAAAAGAAGGAAAAGUGAGAGUCGAUCCCAUGAAGCAGGUGUAUCAGGGGAAGGCAUACAAGAGCCCCGAAUUGUUGUGCAAAACUCCACAGAUUCUGAGAUAAUGUCUGAUGGUUUCCGCUGGAGGAAAUAUGGACAGAAGGUUGUGAAAGGAAAUCCAUAUCCCAGAAGCUAUUAUAGAUGUACCAGUCUCAAAUGCAGCGUGCGCAAACAUGUGGAAAGAGCAUCCGAUGAUCCAAGAGCUUUCAUUACGACAUAUGAGGGAAAACACAACCAUGAAAUGCCACUGAGGAGCUCAAAUCCAGUGGUUUCUGAAACAGAUUCCCUAGCCCCUAAAGGUAAAGAUAAGCAAUGAUUGACACCAGGCCCUGAAAACUUCACCAACCAAUCAUUCGAUCAGACAAAGGAGAUCGUGUGAGAGUUCAAGGGGAUCAGAAGCCAGACGACUAAUGCGAUCAGAAAUGAUGGAUCAGUCUCUCCUCCGCAUCUAAUUCUUGAUGAAGACUGCUUUUCUUACCUUUUAUUUGCUCUCCUCCUUGUGGGUAGCAAAGAUUAUUAGAUGGUAGCACAGUUGUCACUUUAAGCCUAUUCAACUUUCUACCUCAGAGCUUUUUACUACAGUAUCUCUUUUGAUUGUUUAACACUCCAUAUAACAAGUAGACUUGAAUUUCACAUCAGGUGUUAUAUGUAUGCACGCUAGUUUCAUUCAGCUUCUUGAAUUAUUGUUUAUAGUUUACAAACUAUGUGCUCAUAUGACAUGGAUGUGGAAGAACAUUCAAAAUGUAAGAUUCUUUAAUAUCUCCUUCCAAUGAA